AUGUCCAAUCCCGGCCUCUUGUACGUCACCAUGGAGCCCCGUCGCCACGACGAGGAGUUCCUCAACCAGUUCCAUGAGUGGUACCAAAACGAGCACGGCCCGACCCGGCUCCGGCUGCCGCAUAUUUUCCCGAAUGGUUUCCGCUACCGGGCCACCGACUCUCUGAAGCCCGAGUUCCUGGCCAUUUACGACGUCACCGAAAUGCGCCAUUUGGAAACACCCGUCUACACGCAGCUGAGAGAAAACAGAACCAAGCGGGAAGGCGAGACCAUUGGCCAAGUGGACGUCGACAGGAGAUUUUUCGACCUGCUGGGAGAACAGGCCAAGGAGGGCUUCACCAAGAUUGAGGAUCUGAGCGAUCGGGAGGCUGAGGGACAGGUCCUGAUCGCUGUCGAGGUUGAAGUCAAGGGCGGGGAGCAAGGGGAGAAGGAGAUCACCAAGUGGUACCUGGAGGAGCACAUUCCCAUGUUGAGCAAGAUUCCGGGCUGGCUGAGGAGCAGGGUGUGCCGGACUCCCUCCUUGAUCGAGGGAGGUGACAAGGUCAGAAUUGUGACGCUGCAUGAAUAUGAAAAGGUGAAUGGGCUGGGAGGGGAGGAGCACAAGGCGUCCAUGGACACCAAGUGGCGGACUGAGGUGUUUGACAAGUGGAUCGCGGCCAAGCACAGGCGGACGUAUGAGCUGUUCUACGUGUUUGGACCGGGCCCAAGAGAGCUGGAGACACUGAGCAAGCUCUCCGAGAGCAAGGGUUUCAAGUGGGAAGACGGCAAGAUUGAGACGGUUCCUGGGAAGGAUACGGCGGCUGUGAAUGCCUAUGUGUAUGCCAAGGAUGGGCUCACGAUCCGCUACCGGUUGGAGGGCAACGUCUCGCCCAAGGCCCCCACCGUGGCGUUCAGCAACUCUCUGUUGACGGACUACCAUAUGUGGGAUGAGUUGGUGGCCAUUCUGAAGGCUGCGCGUCCCGACUUGCGCAUCCUGAGAUAUGACACCCGCGGCAGACAUGAGGUUCCCUUGCCUCCUGUUCCGGCGACGUUGGACAUGCUUGCCGACGACCUCCAGACUCUUCUCAAGGGCCUCAGGAUUGAAAAGCUGCAUGCUUUGAUCGGCGUCUCUAUGGGCGGUGCCACCACGCUCAAGUUUGCGCUCAAGUACCCCGAGCUGGUGGACAGGAUCGUGGCCUGCGACUUCAACGUUGCCAGCUCUGAUGCUAACACAGCUGCCUGGAAGGACCGCAUUGUGGUGGCUGAGAAGAACAUCCGGGACCUAGCCGGUGUGACGGUGGAGAGAUGGUUCCAUCCUCACACCAUGACUGAGAAGCCCGAGAUUGCCAAGUGGAUGACUGACAUGGUGGCGGGAAACAACGUCGAGGGCUUCAAGUACAGCUGCCAGGCACUCUGGGGCUACAACAUGAGAGAGGAAAUGAAGGGAUGCAAGGUCAACACUCUCUUCGUUGUGGGCGAUGGCGAUGGCAAGGGCGCUCUGGUCAAGGCUAUGGAGGGUUUCAAGGCCAAUCUCGGCGAGAAGGGGGCAGAGCUCAAGAUUGUUCCCAACGCCGGGCAUUUGCCCAUGUCUGAGGCGGCGAGCGACUUCUGGGAGGCCAUCAACGAAUUUCUUUGA